GCACAUGUGAGGAGGACCAGAGAAACACUGAUCUGUCCUGGAGUCGUUUUAUUUAAUUUUCCCAAGUUGAAACGGCCAUCCGUGAAGGAAAAAAAAUGGGAUUCCUUGAGAUGAUUUCAAGAAGAACAUAUGCCACUGCAGGACAGGCUGGUGCCCAUAGUGGAGUUCGUACCUGGCGCCUGUUGUCCUUCUUUGUGGCCGUCCCAGGGGUUGCUGUGUGCAUACUCAACGCCUGGCUGAAAAAACAGCACCACCACGAGAUGCCCGAGUUUAAGCCAUAUGCCCACCUGCGCAUUCGCACCAAGCCAUUUCCGUGGGGUGAUGGCAAUCACUCGCUCUUCCACAACCCUCACACCAACCCUCUGCCCACUGGUUUUGAGAAACCACGUCACUGAGAAGGCACACGGACCCUGCCACGUAUUUCUAAACUUGUACUAUAAUAAAUAACUGAUCCUAGAUGAGCAAA